AUGCGUCAACUGACAGUGUUGCUAGUGUUUUUAUUUGUUGUGUUCUGCGAGGGGUCAGAUACUGCUCUUGAAGGGAGAGGGAAGAAGAAGAAAAUUGGACUGUUUAUAUACUUCGUGGACCUAGUCAUCAAGAAGAUCUUCAUUCUCAAACUAAUAUACGCCUUCGCGUUCUGGCUGCUUCUCCACAAAGCUGGCUACAUCUUCGGCUGGUUCCUCAGCUACAUCAAGGAGAAGCCGGAGUAUCAUGGACAUCAUGAUCAUCACCACGUAGAAUAUGGCCACGAGUAUGGACCACAUGGCCCAUAUAGGCGGGGAGGUCAGAAGCCUGUUAACCCAUAUUCGGCGCCCAGUCGGAAUGUUAAACCUUAUUAAGACAUUGUA